GUGGCCGUUGCCUUGUUGGUGUUCGAACCUUUGAUCGAAACUUUUCCGAUCUCACCCUCCAAGAAAAACCCUAACAUUGUAGAGGAAGAAACCAGAUAUUUCGUUUAGGAGAGAGAUGAUAAAGGCGAUGACAUUCCCACCGUUUCUCGUCGUAUUACUCUUGGCUUUGAGUACUGGUCCACUGUGUGACGCCAUUUGGUUGAAUAUUCCAAAAACCGGCACCAAGUGCGUCUCCGAGGAAAUCCACAGCAAUGUCGUUGUUUUGUCUGAUUACGUCGUCGUUUCCGUGGAAGACGGUCAAACCGCUACCAUUGCCGUCAAGGUGACAUCCCCGUAUGGGAACAAUCUUCACCACAGGGAGAAUGUAACGUAUGGCCGGUUUGCAUUCACAACCGAGGAAGCUGGCAAUUACCUAGCAUGUUUCUGGUCGGAUAACCGUACUCGUGGAAGCGGUGAAGUUGUUGUCAACAUUGACUGGAAAACUGGGAUUGCAGCUAAAGACUGGGAGUCAGUUGCCAGAAAAGAGAAACUUCAGGGUGUUGAGCUGGAGCUGAGGAAACUCGAAGGAGCAGUGGAGGCCAUUCAUGAGAAUUUACUCUAUCUGAAAAGCAGAGAAGCAGAAAUGAGGAGUACGAGUGAGACCACAAAUGCCAGAGUCGCGUGGUUUAGUAUCAUGUCUUUGGGUAUCUGCAUCGUUGUUUCAGGCCUGCAAGUGUGGUACUUGAAGCGAUUCUUCCAAAAGAAGAAGCUUAUCUAAAUUUUGAUCGGUAGAUGAGAAAAUUCAAUAAUUUCUUUUGUUUUCUUGUUAUUUUUCUUUUCAUGUAUGUUGCACAACGGAAAUUUUGAUUUGAUGCUAUGUUUUCGCAUCAUGUUAUAUAUAAAUCAGCAUAUUCUUUGAUUGAAGGUUACCACUGGUUUUUUACUCUUUUUAUUUGAAUAGCCUGUGCUCUGUAGCUCAGCCCACUGCAAUUUU